CUCGCUCGUUCCUCGGAGCUGCUCCCCGCGCUGCUGGCUGCGUCCCUCGGUUCGAGGCGGGGGAGAGAGAGGAGGAGGACGGGCUGCCGCGCUCCCGCAUCGCCAAGACGGACUUCCUGUGGGACAAGCGCACCGGGCUGGCGGCCAAGAGGAUGCCCCACUCCAGACGGUUUCGCUCUUCGGAACGCAGCAGCCGGGGCAGCCACCGCGAACGCUACAGAAGUCGCAAGCACAAGCGGCGGCGGAGUCGCUCGCGGUCGAGCAGCAGUGAGCGGAGGCACUGCAGGGAAGACAGCUACCAUGUCCGAUCGCGCAGCUACGACAACCACUCAUCCGACCGGCGGGCCUACGACCGGCGGUACUGCGAUGGUUAUCGGCGGGACGGCUACAGCCGCGAGCGGGGUGACGCUUACUACGAGGCCGAGUACCACCAGGCCUACGAGUUCCAGCACUCCCGGGACACCAGCUACCGCAGCUGCAAGAGCAGUCGGCGGAAACGACGGCGGAGGCGCCGCCGUAGCCGCUCCUUCAGCCGUUCCUCAUCGCGGAGUCAGCAAAGCGGCAGGAGAGCCAAGAGCGUGGAAGACGACGCUGAAGGCCACCUCAUCUAUCGCAUCGGCGACUGGCUCCAAGAAAGAUAUGAGAUCAUUAGCACCCUGGGAGAAGGGACUUUUGGCCGGGUGGUGCAGUGCGUGGAUCACCGCAGGGGCAACACACGUGUGGCGCUAAAAAUAAUCAAGAACGUGGAGAAAUACAAAGAGGCAGCUCGUUUGGAGAUCAAUGUGCUGGAGAAAAUUAACGAGAAGGACCCAGACAACCAGAACCUCUGUGUGCAGAUGUACGAUUGGUUUGACUACCACGGCCACAUGUGCAUUUCCUUUGAACUCCUGGGGCUCAGCACCUUCGACUUCCUGAAGGAUAACAACUACCUGCCCUACCCGCUCUACCAGAUCAGGCAUAUGGCGUACCAAGUGUGCCAAGCUGUCGAAUUUCUGCAUCAAAACAAGCUCACGCACACAGACCUCAAGCCUGAAAACAUCCUGUUUGUCAGCUCGGAUUAUGAGAUGACCUACAACUUGGAAAAGAAGCGGGACGAGCGCAGCGUCAAGAGCACGGCCGUGCGGGUGGUCGACUUCGGCAGCGCCACCUUCGACCACGAGCAUCACAGCACCAUCGUCUCCACGAGGCACUAUCGGGCGCCGGAGGUCAUUCUAGAGCUUGGCUGGGCACAGCCGUGUGACGUCUGGAGCAUCGGCUGCAUUAUCUUCGAGUACUACAUGGGAUUCACCUUGUUCCAGACCCAUGAUAACAGAGAGCACCUGGCGAUGAUGGAGCGCAUCUUGGGUCCCAUCCCAUCACGUAUGAUCAGGAAGACCAGGAAGCAGAAAUAUUUCUACCACGGCCGCUUGGACUGGGACGAGAACACCUCUGCCGGGCGCUACGUUCGGGAGAACUGCAAACCGCUACGGGACCCUGCUGUUAUCCAGCACAAGCCUAGUUCUGACUACGCCACUCUGGACGUCUACAAUCCUUUCAACAACCCCAGGCAGGCUCCCCCUCCGUUUGAGUCUCCAGCCUCGGCACAGACUGUCCCUUCAGUGACCCCAGCGCCACCAGCUUCUGUCCCGCAGCCCCUCCGAAAAUCGAGCCCCACAGAACCCAGGAAUUAUGGUUCCUAUGGCACCCAGGAUUCGACCGCAGCAGCCACCGCUGAUCUGUUGAAGCGUCAGGAGGAGCUGAACCGCAAAGCAGAGGAGUUGGAUCGGAGGGAGCGAGAAUUGCAGAACGCUGCUCUGAGCAACGGAGCAGUCCGACAAAAUAAUUGGCCUCCAUUGCCUUCCUUCUGUCCCGUGAAGCCAUGCUUCUAUCAAGAUAUUCCAGUAGAAAUUCCUGUGGACUCCCAGAAAACAGUUAAUAUCAUGUACUACCUUUGGAUGGCCAGCGCGCUCACCCUCUUCUUCAAUUUCCUGGCAAUGCUGGCUUGGUUCUGUGUGGACGUGUCAGGCGGUUCCGGCUUUGGCCUCUCCAUCCUGUGGCCUUUGCUCUUCACACCCUGCUCCUUCCUCUGCUGGUUCCGGCCCAUGUAUAAGGCUUUCAGGAGUGACAGCUCUUUCAACUUCUUCGUCUUCUUUUUCAUCUUCUUUGCACAGGACGUGCUGUACGUUUUUCAGGCCAUUGGCAUCCCUGGAUCAGGUUUCAGUGGUUGGAUUAUGAGCCUCACAGCACUGAAGAGGAACACGGGGGUGGCCAUCCUUAUGAUGGUGGUGGCCAUGUCCUUUACAGCCGUUGCAGGGAUGGGCAUCAUCAUGCUGAAGCGAAUCCACUCCCUCUACCGCCGCACGGGUGCCAGCUUCCAGAAGGCUCAGGAGGAGUUUGCCGCUGGCGUGUUCUCCAACCAAGCAGUGCGCACGGCAGCAUCCAGCGCAGCCACCGGGGCAGCAAGCAGUGCCUUCCGAGCCCCCUAAAAUGAGUGCGGGAGAAAUUGGCUGCUGCUCUUUCUCUGACCCCUUUCCCACGAAGGGCAGCUUCAGCGGAAAAUCCAAGUUGCACUUUUUCCUUUCCCUGUGCUGAUUUUUUUAGAAGGCUGUUUUGCCCGCCAUCCCUUGUACACCCGUUUCCCUCCGAGGUUCGGCAUGGAAUCGGCACUGCUGGCUCAUUCCUCCUUUUUGCUGCAGGAACUGUCACCCCUUUUCCCCAGAAUGGAAGGGGGGGGGCAAUUUCAGGCUUCCUUUCCUUUUCUCCCCUCCCCAACCCAACCCCCAAGGGCUGUGGAGAAUGGAGGCACCCGCUAUAUGCCUUGCUGGAACUGACUCGUGUUUUGUCGGUGCCUCUGUGCACUCACACCACGCUUCCUCUGACUUAUCCCGGGCACAGAGUGGCACAGACCGGCUAGUUCUGUUCCUCUCGCUUUACAUGUCUUGUGUCGCCCAGUUUUAGUCGAGCAACAGCCUGAGAAGCCAGUCCUCCCACAAUCCUCUCUUCCUCUUCCUGAUAGGCUGCUGCUUCUAUUUACGGGCAGGGGUAACACGGCACAGUGAUCAGAGGCAUAGACUGCCUGCCGGGUGGAAAGUCAGCUGAGGUGCCUGGUUACUAUCUGGCAUGGGCAGGCGGUGGCAAGGAAAGGAGGACCUGCUGAAAAUCCGCCUGUUGACAGAUUAAGCGGCCCUGCUCAGAGGACGCAUGAUGCCUGUCUCCCUCGCACUGCUGAUUCUCCUGGCCGCUCCUGAUAGGAAUACGAACAAUCUCCUGCACCAGCUUCUUUCCUCCUCCACCUGACCUGGCCUUUCGCCAAGCAGGGAGAUAGUUUGGGUCGUCCUCUUCCUUUGGUUCUUGCUCUAGCAGCUUUGGGGUGCUGCAGCGGGGCAGUGGAGAGCAGAGAUGCUGGCUGGUUUUGGUGGUCUUGGGUUUUGACAGCUCCCCUGCAAGGUUGAGUAGAGCUUUCUACCAGUGCUGGACAUUGGGUGGUGGUUUGACCUACAUGAUCAACUGCCUUAUUUGUACUGGGAAUAAAAGUACGGUGUUUUUUGUUUUACCAAAGCAGAAAGCAUGUGUGACACUGAAACCCUUCGAUUCGUUCUUGCAGCUGCUUUGGUGAUCUGCGUUUGCCAGUUCCAUGUCUAUGGUUUCCCCCCACAGCCUGUGGGGGCUCUGUGCCUCUGAUCAUUGUUCCCCCUCUCCAUGAUCCAUAACAUGCUGCAUUAUCUUUCAAGCAGCAUGUAUUCCUUUCUGAAGCAGCUGUGACCUCCGUUCCCCCCAUUUCGUCCCCGUGGAGAGUUUUCUUUCUCUCCAGUUUCUUUUAUUGCUUUUCUGACAUUACCUUUCUGUAAAAAAUGCAUCUUUUUUUAAAAGUAUGCCGAAGAUAAAAGGACUUCCCACCCACCACCUGGAGCAGAGGGCUGCUUCAUGUACUCCUUUGUGUGUGGAGGAGCAGGCACAUUUAGAAAGGUAUUGGCAAAAUCUCUGCUUUUCCUCCUCUCUCCACAUCUGAGAGUGUGUAAAGCUGAGAUCUUAAAGCUGUUUGUCUUAGGAUCUGGAUUCCACUUAACUGGCUCCAUUCAUGUUCCCAGAGCAUGGGCAGAGGAGCUGCUGGUGAAGGUUCGAGGUACAGCUGGUACCUCUUUUGCUACAUGCUAAGCAACUUAGUUCAUGAUCUGGGAUCCUCCAAUGAGCAAAGAGGUUCCCCUGGCUUUCUCUUCUCUGAUCUCCAUUUCAACAUCUGCCCUGUGCCACUGCUGCUCCUGGAUUCACCCUAACUCAAGGGUUGGCUUUGUUCUGUGAUUCUCCCUGUUUGUUUCACCCCAUGCUCGGUGCCUCUUCUUUCCCCCGUGUCUCUGGAGUUACUGGAUCUGUACUUCGUAUCCGGGGUUUUCCUCUACUGACUUGAUGCUGUGUCUGCCCCCGCCCCCCUCUGUCCAUUGGACCUUCUUGUCCUCGUGUGUGUAUGUGUGUGCCAUUUCCCUCUGUGCCAAAUGCAAGAUGACUUACAGAACUUUAUUUAAGGAAUAAACAACAUUUUAACUCA